AUGUCAUAUGCAUCAUGCCAUUAUAAUUAUGUAAAUAUCAACCAAAACCAAAAAGAAGAUUUGCAUCGAUUUGAAACGUCUAUUAUAGAUAACUAUAAAUAUUACAAAAGAGUAGAGAAUAAAUCACGAAUUCGAAUUGUCCUAACACUUUUAAUUAUAUCUGUUAUUCUAUAUGCUGUCUAUAAAUCUAGGGACAAUAAAAUAGUUAUUGAAACUUUGAAUAACAUUCCUUUGAUGAUUUCAGUGACCGUUUUUUUAUUUUACCGAAUAAAAAGUUAUUAUAAAAAUUUGUUUAAAUCUGGAAAUUAUAUUAAAAAUUUAAAUAAAACACUAAAAGACUUUAACCUCUACUUGGACAUAAAAAACUUGAAACUUUGCAUUAUUGGAAAUUUACGAAAAGAACAUUAA